CCCAAAAUAAAUAAAAUCGUAUAUUCAGCGUAAUGUCGCAGUAUUUUUCAUGGCAUACAAUUAGGAAAAUAUUAAUGCACAGAAAUGUGUUAUUGCAUGUACUUUAAAAGUUUACGUGGCCAAAAAGGAAUUUUGAUUUCUCGGUUAAUUUUGCUUUGGUUAUUUCUAUUCGAGGUUUAAUGUGUUCAACUCUGUUCGACGUGAAAUAUAUCUGUUGCUUAGCAUUCAAGGCACAUGCAUUCAUAGGCGAUAAAAUGCAAACAUUUCGAUGUUUUAGACAACGAAAUUGCAAUCUGCACUCUGGUUCUUUUCAGUCACAGAACAACCAAUAUCUGGCAGUGCGUGAGCGGCACAUAUCAAAGAAUUUUCACUGAGAUAUUUGAAAACGGAGUCGUGUGGUGAACGCCUGCGUGUCCCUUUUAAAACAAAUCCAGCGACUGUCAAUCAUCGCGCAAUCCGACCAAUCCCAAAGCACCGUUUUUUAAAAGCAGGUUUGCCUGCUGUGCUUUUAUAUUGCAGUAUGGCCUGGUUCGGAGCAUUUUACUACCACGGUUAUUGCCACAAAUCAAGAGGGCAAAGUGAACGGCAUGGAACUCACACCAAUUUUAACGGGUCCGACUUCUGCGUCUGAGCGAUUUUCAGGCAAUAACUGCACAUGCAGAUGAUACGGCAGAGAAAAUGGGGAAGAGGUCUGUAGGUAAAUCUUGAAAGUUAAGGUUGGUUGAUUUGCCAAACCCUCAGCCAAACUUGCAACAAAACAUGACAAGCCUGUCGCGGUUUAGUGGCUGCCCUCUUUCUUGCGUCAACCCUGGGGAGAGCAAUGCUGAACCCAGCGUGGUGCUGCCACCUUUGGCAGAGGAGCACACGGGGCACCCCACGGGCAGUUCCUUUAAACUCUGCCCCUCGCAAAAUUUUCGAGACUACCACGAGACGAGGGCCAGUGCAUAUGUUGACCACUCGGUUACCCAUUUUCCAGACCCUGGAUACACCAGUCACCGCUUAGAACCCAGUCCUCGGGGCAUUAUCAUUGGGACAAAUCUGUCAGGAUCAGGCAUGGCACCAGUAACUGAUCAGCUGGCUUCCAGACCCAACCAACAUGGCACUAUUGGAAGGUACCGUGAUCUCCACGGCUAUAGGGAUGGCAGGAGCCACGCGUUCUUCACCAGCUAUCAAGAGCAGGCCCAUGGCUCUACAGACGCAACUCGAGAUCUCAGCGGCCAAAUGAUGUUGGGUCUUCCAGGAGAUAUUCUCUCACGAACGCACCCAUAUGGGCAGUCGCUCAAUUGCCCCAGGGCCAACAGUCAGCAGUUAGUUACCCAGUUUUUGGAGUUCUAUAAGCCUCUGAAUAUGGCCAUGCAGCGAGGUGGGGGUGAUGCCUUUCUCAGGUGCUCCCGGCAGAAUGUGAAGCACGACCUUGUCUGCAAGUGGACUGACGGCCAAGAGGGCACUGGCAAACCGCCCUGCGCCAGGAAUUUUGGGACCAUGUAUGAACUUGUCACCCAUGUGACGGUUGAGCAUGUCGGGGGACCCGAGCACUCUGACUACGUUUGUUAUUGGGAGAAUUGCCCAAGAGACAGAAAGCCUUUCAAAGCCAAAUACAAGCUCGUCAACCACGUCAGGGUCCACACAGGAGAAAAACCCUUUCCUUGCCCUUUUCAUGGAUGUGAAAAGGUUUUCGCCAGAUCCGAAAACCUCAAGAUACACAAGAGAACGCAUACAGGUGAGAAACCGUUUAAAUGUGAAUUUGAGGGCUGCAAUCGGAGAUUUGCAAACAGCAGUGACCGGAAGAAGCAUUCUCACGUUCACUCCAGCGAUAAACCCUACACGUGCAAGGUCAGAGGCUGCGAAAAAUGUUACACGCAUCCCAGCUCCCUGCGCAAACACAUGAAACUGCAUUGCAAGGCCUACAUUGCCAAAAUCGGCGAAGACGACGAGCACCUUGUAGAGGCCAGGUCUCCUGAGGUGGUAGAACAAGAAGACACGACUGUCUCUAACGCAGUGACGCGAACGAUGACUGCCCCAUCCCAAGAGACUCUGUCCCCUGAGACACGACCUGAGUCAACUAUGAGGUCCCGUUUCCAUCACACGUUUGAAAACAGUCUGGACUACACCGCACAUAGGCCACAGUCCAUUUUGGACCCUCUGUUGCUACAACGGGGCACUUUUAGACCUGAGUCUGUACAAUACCAAUGUAAUCAACCAAGCCACACGUUCGCACCCACACACAGGACGUUUGCGUCCAACUCACCUUUCCAAAAAAGUAUUGUAAAUGGCUGGUAUACAUGCCACAGCGCAGUGGACACUUUUUCACCCAAACACUGUAACAGUGAUUUAUAAUGCUUAUAACUCAAACCGAAGCGAGUGUAUUCGGGGUGUUAGGGCACGACUGGAUGCAAGAGAUGGAAAGUUUUCCUCAUCAUAUAACGUUGUCCCACAGGUUGACUAUAUAGUGCAAUUUGUGUAAAUCAAAUGUACUUUAUCUGUUGUAGGCAUUCUGUUCUUCUACUGACGAAUUAUAUAUGUGACUAUUCCUAAAUUGUAAAUAACUGCUUACCCUUGGUCCGCAGUGAAGCAAAAUAUUGCUAAAAAUAUAUGAUCUCAUAAAUAGGCUAGUAUGAUCUUAAACGUUAUUCUUUAUUAAAGAUAAAUCACCUACACGAUUGUAGAUGCAUUAAAAUGUAUAGGAAUAAGUUAUUUCUGCCGAGGAUAAAAAAUGGCGCAUUAUUUCGAGGUUCUGUGGUAGAGCGUGGCCUUCUGUGACGUAUAUUAGAAAGAAUCUUGAAGUGUUUGAAACAUGAUUAAUAAGCUACAUUUUUUUUUGUAAAGAAACGUGCCUUUGAGUGGUUUCUUCUUAAUGAUAUUUUCUGUCACACAAUAGAUCGAAUAUUUCCAGUCUUAAGUACAUCGUUUGAAUUGAUGUAUUUGAAUGUAUGUGUAAGUGAACCCAUCAGUGCUUAAAGCUUUUACGUUUUAUUGAGAGAUGAUUAUAUGUUAAGGUUUUUCACACUUUGUAAAAUCGCUCUUCUUUUAAUGAGUGUAUUUUAUAUGUGAUGAGACUUCUGUAACAAUUAUUCAGUUUACUAUUCCAGAUUUGAGUCCCCAUCACGAUAAUUAAAUUGUUUAAUUGAAAUUGUACUGUAUAUACUGUACAAUUCAUUAUGCAUUCAAAGUUUCAUUAAAGUGUCUUUAUUCUCUUUGAUCAGACGUGUGAUUUAAGAAAACGUGCGGGAGUCCCACAAAGCUUUUGAAAUGUAUCUCUUUAUCUAUGGAUAUUUAUUCUGUUGGUUUAGGCAUUUUUACACCAGUGUUUGUUUAAUUUUGCAAUAAAGUUUUAAACUUAAAUAUUUAAAAAAUAUAAAAAAUAAGAAUUGAAAACGUGUUUGUGGAAAGGAUUUAAUGGCCGAAACAUGUUCCACAUGUAUACUCUUUUUUUUAAUCACUUUGUCCUGCCUUAAUUCUUAGGUCAUCUGAACUAGUCUUUUAUGCGAAUGAUAUGGUGUGAUUGUUCAAUAUGGACUUUUAGCUAUGUAACUGUCGUGCCAUAUGACAUGUCCCAAAAAAAUCAAGGAUAUAGGCCUCGGAUUUAUGAUCGCACUCCGCAUUUAAAGGUAUCAGUGCCACCGCUUUUCACAGGAAACGUAACGUUGCUUGCCUAGAAAUUUUAGAAGUUUUAUUUUUCGAAACUUUCAAAACUUUUUCUGAUUUUCUGUGAGACUGUAAGAUUCUGUCAGCCUUUUAAUAGAGCUGACAAAGGGCAUAAAUCCUGUUUCAAGUAAAGUCGUCUGUAAUCUCACUUUUGCUGUCAAGAACCAUGUUUGAUGGUGACGAAUGAAAUAGUAGGUUGAUAUUAAACAGAAAAUA